AUGGAAAGCUGGUAAGAAGUUAAGGCAGCGAUAAAAAAUGAUUGGGAAAAGUUUAAACCAUAUUUUACUGGUGAAAACAGAUUCCUCAACUAAUCACAAUUUUAGUAGUCUUCUCCUUUAUUUAUAACACAAUUAGCAUUCAACCUGAUUAGAACUAAUGCAAAGAGCUGCGGUUGGUAUUUGCUUAAGUGUGGCAAAGGCAUCCUAGACAUUAUUGAUCAUGCUACAAAUAAAUCUGAUAGCUUUAUAGCUGAUAAGCAAUCAAGAUAGAAUGUCGAUUACUUCUUUUCUCAAAUACUUUACUCCUCUCUUCCACUAGCUCGUCAAUAAAUUAUUUCUUAUUACAAAAGUCUAAAAUCUUAAUACAAUUACGAUCUUAUUCAAUAAAUCAGAGAAAGCAGCGAUGAAGCAGAAAUGAUUGAAAGAUUAGAAAACUUAACUGUUUUAUUUAAGUAUUCUUUAGAAGCAAUGAGAGAAACAUUUGAUACAAAGGAAUUAUUUGAUUAUUAUGAAGGCAUACUCAAAAACAGCAACAACUAGUAGUUAAGAGCACUUUAUAUUAAUUUAAUUAUAAAGCUAUCAAGUGAUUUACAUAAGGAAAGCAUAUUGGAAAAAGUAUAUGGAUCAGAUCAUAGCACUCCAGACUAUUUUUAAAAUUUAAUUUAAGAUUAAGCAGUUGUUUAAAAGCUAUUUGAAAAACUAUAAAAAAUGAGAAACAAUGUGAUAAGCUCUGUUGUAAAUACUCAAUCAGAAUAGCAAGAUUAAGAAAGUUAAAGUAAAGAAUCUAAUGGUUAGUUAAACAAAGAUGACAAAAGUUCUGAUGAAGAUUUUAUAGUUCCUAAGCGCUUGAAGGUAUAGGAAUAGUAUGAAGGAAAAGCAAGUGCAUCAGAGGAACAAUCAGAAGAGUUCAUUCUAGUUUCAAGUGAAUCAUAGAAUAUAGACGAAGUUAAGACUGCCCUUUUAGAGAAUAACUUUGUUGUUCUUGAUGGCCCCAUAGGUUCAGGAAAAACAAUAUUAUUAAAUAAAAUAGCUUCUGAUAUGAAAGAAACAACCAUCUCUUUAUUUAUUGAUUCCACCACAGAUUUAAAGAGUUUAAUUGGUAGUUAUGUCUGCACUGAAAAUAUUGGUUAAUUUGAAUGGAAAAAUGGUCCACUCAUUAAGUGCAUGGAAGAAGGCAUGUGGCUUAUUUUAGAAAAUCUCUCUGAAGCCUCAGAAGAAGUAUUAGAUGGACUUAUAAGAUGUGCUCAUGAAGGAAAAUAUCUUCUCACUUCUCAAGGCAGAUCUAUUCUUGCUCAUUACAAAUUUAAAAUCAUCGGGCUAGGUAACUUUAGUACUGCUAAAUAUGAAAGCAAGAAAGUCUUCCUCAUGAAUAGCUGUAAGGGAGGCUAUAUUAAUAAAAAAGAGAUAAAUGAAGAGUGUUUAAAAUAAAUUUUAAAAAGCAGGUUCCCUAACGUUAUGAAAUAGGAAGAACUUAUUUAUUAAAAAAUUAAAAAUAUUAUUAAUUAUCUUAAAAAUGACAAAAAUCUUGUAAAGAAAUAUACUUACUUUUCUAGAGGAUUGUCAGCUGAUAAAAUUAUUAAACUUUUUAAACGUAUUAAUUUCCAUUUAUUAGAAUUGUAUGGUGACAAAGGUAUUUAAAAUAACAUGCUCGUAACUGAAAUGAGAAAGAGAAUUUUCCUUGAAGUUAUGGAAACUAUGGUCUUUGCUGAGAAGGAAGCUAUUUAUGAUGAAAAAAUGAUUUAUGAUAUCCUUGAAGUAUUAGAAUUACCUAAAGAGGAGCAUUAAUUAAGUGUUCUCAAGCAUUAUCCUGAGAUAGAAGCCACUCAAAAAGCUGUUAAAAUUGGUAAGCUUGGAGUUCUCUAAAGAAGCUUUUUUGGUAAAAAUUUAGACGAAUCAGAAGCUUAAACUUUCCGCUCGACUUCUAACAUUAUAUAUAACGCCUACAGUUCUAGAUUAAUUGAAAAAAUAGCUUCUUGCUUGGCUUUUAAUGAGCCUUGCUUACUUGUUGGUGACACUGGUUGUGGUAAAACUACUAUGGCUUAGCAUGUUGCUGAAUAAUUUAGAAAAAAAAUAUACAUUUACAACAUGAACUAAGGUUCUGAUGCUAUUGAUUUAAUUGGUGGUUUUAAACCUAUUGAUGUUCGUCUAUUACUUAAAAAAAUUUUAGUCAAAUACAUCAAGCAUUUUGAAAAGGUUGCUAAUUUAGAAGCUAACAAAAGCUUUAUAGAUUCAUUAACAAAACUUUAUUAAAGUAAAAAUUACGCUACUUUGAUUAAGGGUAUGCUCUCAAGUAUAGAUGGAAUUAAAUAAAAAAUAACCAAGAAAAAUCUUGGAGAAGAAGUCAAUUAGAAAUGGAUGAACUUAGAAAAGAAGCUUAAGAAUUUAUAUGCAAACAAAGACAAAAUAGAAUCAAAUUUAGCUUUUCAUUUUGUUGAAGGAAAUCUUAUAAAAGCAAUUAAAUAGGGAGACUGGGUAUUAAUAGAUGAAAUUAAUUUAGCAAACAAUGAAGUUUUACAAAAAUUGCUACCCAUCAUUGAAGGAAAAUCUCUUGUGCUCUAUGAAAGAGGUGACUUAAAAGAAAUUAAGAGACAUCCUAUGUUCCGUAUUAUUGGUUGUAUGAAUCCAGGAAGUGAUAUCGGUAAAAAGGAAUUACCUGAAAAUGUUAGAGCUAAAUUCACAGAAAUUUAUGUCCACGAUAUAAGUGAAAGAGAAGAUAUCUUGACCUUAGUUAAGAAGAAAUUGGGCAGCAUAGUCGAAUUUGAUGUUUGUUAGAAGAUCGUUGAUCUUUUUAUGUAAAUCAAAUACGAUAGCGAAAACCACUAAUUAGAAGAUGGUUAUAAUCGUAAGACUCACAUUUCUUUGAGAAAUUUAGCAAGAUCACUUAACUACAUAAGAUAAAAUAUUGGAUUGUAUGGUCCUGACAGAACUGUUUACGAUGGUCUCUAUUUGGGUUUUGGAACAGCUUUGAACAAAAAUAGUUAAGUCCAUUUUGAAAAACAAUUAGAAAAACUUUUAAACAUUUCAACACAAAAGUAUUUCGAUUAAAUGCUUAAGGCUAACAUUAAAAUGACUCAAGAAACUGUCAAUAUAUUUGGUUUUUAAGUUAGUAAAGGUACACUUAUUCCAAAAAAUCCUGAAGAUUGCGAAUUUUUAGUCACUGAUACCUUCAAGAAGUAUAUUGUCGACUUGCUUAGAGCUAUAUCUAACAGUGAUCUUCCUGUCUUAUUGGAAGGUCCCACAUCUGCUGGUAAAACUUCUAUGGUCAAAUAUAUAGCUGAACUUGCAGGAUAUAAGUGCGUAAGAGUAAAUAACCAUCAUCACACAGAAAUUGAAGAAUAUAUUGGUACAUACCUUCCAGAUAACAAAGGUAGAUUAGUAUUCCAUGAAGGUGUUUUAAUCGAAGCAAUGAAGCAAGGCCAUUGGUUGAUUUUGGAUGAGUUAAACUUAGCAAGAAGUGAAAUUUUAGAAAGCUUAAAUAGACUUUUGGAUGAUAACAAAGAAUUGUUUGUAAAUGAAACAUAGACUUACAUCAAACCCCACCACAAUUUUAGAAUUUUUGCUACACAAAAUCCUACUUCUUAUGGUGGUAGAAAGGAACUUUCUAAAGCUUUUAAAAAUAGAUUCGUUUAGAUCUAUUUUGAUGACAUUUCUGAAAAAGAUCUUGAAUAAAUUCUUCAGAAGAGAUGCGUUAUAGCUCCAAGCUACUGUAAGAGACUCAUGAGUAUCCUAAAGGAUUUGAAGGUAUUCCGUUAAAGAAAUAAUUUCUUCUUAGGAAAAGAAGGUGUUAUUACAGUAAGAGAUUUAAUUAAAUGGGGUAACAGAGAAGUUUAAUCUCUUGAAGAUUUAGCUAUUGAAGGUUAUUGCUUACUUGCUGAAAGACUUCGUACAAACGAAGAACGUGAAUUUAUCUAAAAAAUUAUUGAAAAGCAUUGUAAGGUAAAAAUCCAUCCUUAGCAAUACUAUGAAAGCUAUUCCAAAAAACAUUUUGAGCCUUUAAUGGAUUAGGAACUACCCUUUUACUUAUAAUUAAAUUAAGGCUUCAAGAGAAUGGCUUGUCUUGUCCUUAAAUCUUUAGUAAAUAACGAACCUGUUCUUUUGAUUGGUGAAACAGGUUGUGGUAAAACAACUCUUGCUCAAUUAGUUGCAUUUUUACGUAAAUCUCAACUAUUUUCAAUUAAUUGUCAUUAAUACACAGAAUCAAGUGAUUUCUUAGGUUCUCUUCGUCCUGUUAGAAAUAAAGAGUAAAAUCUCCAUAAUCUAGAAUAAUUUUUAAAAGAAUUGAAUUUAGAAGCCUCCAAAAUCAAUCCAAUUUUCGACUCUACUCUAUCAAUUGAUCAAAGAGUCAAGUCCAUUUCUGACCUCUCCCCUGAAUAAGCAGAAAAGCUUGAAUAUUUAAUUGUUGCUUAUGAAACUCUUUUUGAGUGGCAAGAUGGUCCAUUAGUUGAAUCUAUGAUUAAAGGUGGAGUUUUCUUAAUCGAUGAAAUGAAUCUUGCUGAAGAUUCCGUACUAGAACGUUUAAAUAGUGUUUUAGAACCUGAAAGAUUCUUACUCUUACCAGAAAAAAGCAAGUCAGAACAAAUUGUUGCUGCUUAAGGUUUUAUAAUAAUUGCUACUAUGAAUCCAGGAGGUGAUUUUGGUAAAAGAGAACUCUCACCUGCUUUAAGAAAUAGAUUUACUGAAAUAUGGGUUGAGCCUCUUACAAAUAAAAAUUUUUUAAAUUAAGAAGAAGGCCAAAAAGACGUAGUAGAAAUGAUUGGAAAUUUCUUAAAAAUAAAGAAAGUAUAUGAAAGUGAGCAAACAAGAAACGAAAUUGCCAUGAAAUUAUAUGAAUUCCUCAGAUUCUAUAACGUUAACUUUUGUGAAAAAUACUCAUUAGAUAAGAAAAAUUUAACAAUGAGAGAUAUAGUUGCAUUGAUGGAAUUUAUUUAUAGAUGCAAAAAUAAUUGCUCAGUUAGAGACUUAUACUACCACGCUUUAAAUAUGGUUGUUAUUGAGCCUAUCGGAUUUAUGUAGCUCUCACCUUCUGAAAAAAAUAAAAUGACAUUAGAAAUCGAAUCUUUUAUUUAAAAUUAAUUGGAACAAAUGAACAUUGAUGAAAACGAAGAUGAAAAAAAUAUUGAAAAAGUUAGAAAAGAGAGUGCCAUGGAAAUCGAAAUUCCUGAGUCUAUUCAAAGCUUUGUUGCAGGGCCUUUUAGCAUACCUAUUAACUAAAAUUCUAAACCUGUUGAUAAUAUUGCUUAUUCUAUUAGUUCAUUAAAAACAUAAUCAACCUUAGAAAAAAUAGUUAGAGGUCUUUAAUUGGAUAAGUCAAUUCUAUUAGAAGGCAUGCCUGGUGUUGGUAAAUCGUCAAUAAUUGAAUAUAUCGCAGCUAAAACCUAGAAUAAACUUACUAAAAUUUCUCUAUCUGAACAAACUGAUAUUGUAGAUCUCCUUGGUAGUGAUUUGCCCGCUGCUAGCUCAAAUGAAGAUACAAGCUCUAAUAAAACUAUGAAAUUUAAAUGGUAUGAUGGUGUCUUGCUAGAUGCUUUAAAGAACGGGUAUUGGAUCCUCUUGGAAGAGCUCAAUCUUGCUUCUCAAAGUAUUUUGGAAGGUUUAAAUGCUAUCCUUGAUCACAGAGGUACUGUUUUCAUACCUGAAAUGAAUAUGUCUUUUACCAAACAUCCACAAUUUAGAUUGUUUGCUACACAAAAUCCAUUAAGCUUAGGAGGUGGCAGAAAGGGUCUUCCUGCAAGUUUUAUGAAUAGAUUUACCAAGAUUUAUGUUGAAGAUUACACUAAUUAAGAAUAUGAAGCUAUUCUUAAAGAUAUCUAUGGUGAAGGAGAAGGUCAAUAACAAAUUUUAGAAGGUUUGCUUCGUUUCUCUAAAGUCAUGGAAACCUAAUACUAUAAAAAAAUUAAUCUCCGUGAUUUACUCAGAUUCUACGAAGUGUAUCAAAAGAGUGAGAAGAACAUUGAAGUAGCUUUUGAAAUAGCUUUUGGUCGUAACGAUGUUGAAAAAUACUUUUAAUCAUCUAUAAUAAAUAAUGACACUUCUUUAACUAUCUAAGAGUGCCAUGCUAAAAAGAAAGCUGCUUGGGAAAUGGAUUUAAGAGUUAAAAUUCCUAUUUCUUACAGUUAUAUAGACGAACACAACGAGCGUAUUGGAUUAUUAAACUCUUAACGUAAACCUUUGAAUUUCUUGCAAAUGAUGAUUGAAAGAUGCUCAAAAUACUGUAGCAGCUUUAUUGUUUAAGGUAAAUCUGGAAGUGGUAAAAAUCGUUUAGUGAGAUUGCUAAGCUAACUUAACAACAAUAAAAAACUAAUUGAGUUUAGUUUAAAUUCUUAAACAGAUAGCAGUGAGUUAAUCGGAGGAUAUGAUUAAGUUGACAUUAAGCGUCAAUUCUCUACUCUUAAUACCAGAGUUACAGCUUUGUUAAGAGCUUACAUUUCAUCAAAUAUCUCUAAUAAAAAUAAUAUAACUGAUUUAUAAUUAAUGACAGUAUUAAAAUAAAUUGAAACUCUUACUAAAAAUGCAAAUUCAUACAAUCAAAAAGAUAUGCUAGUUGGAAUUAAAGAAGCUUUGGAUUUAUUAACAAACUUAAAUGUUGGUAAUAUGAAUGAUGAAGAUUUCCUUUAAGAAUAUUAGAAAUCUAUCUAGUUAUUAGAGGAGCUAAAAAAUAAAAUUAUCAAUGAUGAAGAACAAUAAAAUAUUAAUUCUAAAAAAGGAAAAAAUACAAGCACAAGUAGUGGACAUUUUGAGUGGUUCUAUUCUUAAAUUAUUGAAGCUGUAUAAAACGGUGAUUGGUUAGUACUUGAUAACGUUGGCCGUGCUAAUUAAGCAGUCCUUGCCCGUUUAAACCCACUUCUUGAAUGGAAUCUUAACGGUAAAAGAGAGAUUGUAAUUACUGAAUGCCAUAACGAAGAUCAAUAAGGUAUAAGUGGACCUGAAAUAAUUCGCAUUCAUCCUGACUUUAGAGUAUUCUUCUUAUUCGAUGGAGAAAAUGAUACCAUGAAUGAAGCUAUUAAAAAUAAAUGUGUUGAAAUUAAAAUAGACUAAUACGAAGAAAGCAAGUAUUAUAGCGACUUAUAAAAUUUGUUCGAAUUGAAUAUGGAUAAUGAAUAAGUUCCUAAUAGAGUUAGAGAAUAUAUCUUGGAAUUGGCAAUGACUUUUAUGAAUGCUUUAUUCGUACACAGACGCUCAAUGGCCUAUUCAGAUUUUGGUACUUUUGUCCAUUUCUUAAAACUAAUCCAAAGAGGAAUAAAUAUGAACAUGAUAGAUUUAAAUUUAAAUAACAUUGUUACCACUUCUUUCAAGUCAGCUUAUGGACCUAAGAGUAUCAAAUAUGCUAUAAAUCUAGAUGGUAUUCUUUCCAAUAUUAUUCUCAGCAAUAGUGACGAAGACUAGAUUUCUUCAAAUACCUAAAGAUAAAAAGCUUUCCUCUCUAACAUUCCAGAAAUAGUUCGUGACUCAUUUACUUAAUAGCUUGAACAACUCUUAAACUCAUGCUCUUGGUCUUCUUCUCUAAAUUUCUCUGAAUUCCCUCUUAACAGAGAACUCCACAGAUACAAAGCUCUAGGAAAAGCUUUAUUUUCUAACGACACUUAAAAGUCUAACUCAGCUGAAAAUGGACAAAACAAUCUUGAUGCAACUUAAAAAGCAAAGAUUUAAGAAAACUUUGCUCGUGUAAUUUUACAAUAGUGCUUUGCUGACUAUAUCAUUUAGUAUAUUUCAGGAGUAGAUGCAAGUGUCUUGCGCCAAAUUUCUCAAAAGAAAUAUUCAUCAGAAGCACUCUACCAAUAAUUAGUUGAUGAAUUUGAAGCAAUUCGUAUUCGUCGUAAAGUUUUUGCUGCAACCUAAGAAUUUAAGAAAACAAAAGAAUUUAUAUUGAGCAACUUUUAGAAAGCUAUGCAAUCUUUAAAUAACUUAUCAUAAAAUAUAAAUAGUUCCAAUGAAUCUGCUUUCUUACAUGCUUAAAGUGUUGUUCAAUGUGCUAUGCUUCAAGCUAUCCGUAACAUUUAAUAAUUACCCAAAAUUUACCAACUUGUUAGUCAAAAGUUAAAUAGUAUAAUCUCUUAAGUAACUCAAAAUUCUAAUGACCAAAACAAUUAACUUCCUGAAUAAGCUAAAAAUAAUAUUUAACAAGUAGAAGAGAAUAUAUUUGUUUGUUUAUGGCGUGCAUGUGAAUACUUCGAAAGUAUGCCUAGAAGUAAAAUAUAAUAUGAAUAGAGAGAAAAGGUUCACUACUUACUCUCUAGUAGAAAUGUAUAAUCUAUAGAUUUUAGUGAUGAUCUAUAAGAAAUGAUUAACUUAAGAAAGAGCUUCAGAAAUAUGUAUUAUCUUGAAAAUAGUAAAACUCGUUUAACUUCUAUGGAAAUUUUAGCAUUAAUUUACAAUCUUAAGAAGACUUAAAAUGAUUAAAAUUAAAACGAAGAAAAGACUGAACAGUAAGAAAUUCUUGAAGAAAAGUAGAGAACUGAGCAAAUAUUCAAUGCAUUCAAAGCAGAAGUAUUUAAAAUUUUAGAUUCUCAAAACAAGGCUUAAUAAGAAGCUCAAGAAUCAUAAAAUCCAGAAUAAGAAGAAGUUGUAAAAAAAUAAUGCGCAAAUGAAUUUGAAAUUGUGAUUGAAGAAGAAUAUUCUAGGACAAUUUUAAAAACUAUUCCAGUGCUGGCAUCUGACAAAGGCAUUCAAUACUGGGAAUUGAAAAUGCAAGAGCAAAUAGAAAAUUAUGAAAGUUCUUUCUUUGACAACCAAUGCUUCAAUGAAAUGCGUGAAUUUUUCGUUUUUAAGGGAAUCGAAAAAUUCUCUUUGGCUGAUGAAUCCUAAAAUACUUUAAGUACUAGAGAAAAUGUAAAAUUAAAUAUCGUAGAUCACAUUGAUAGACCUGACUAUUAUGUUAUGAGAAUAUUCCAACUUUUCAAGAAUGAAAUUACAAUCAAUGAAUUAGUAGAAAUCUUUUACUUAGCUCAGAUGAAAAAUAGAAAUAUUGACUCUUUCCGUCUCAAGCGCUGUGCAAAAGUAAUUUAAGAUGUCAAGUUAAAGCAUUUACCUCUCUUAAAUAGAGAAAUUAAUCUUCUCCGUUCAGCAAUAAAUUUCUCUCUUUCUAUCAAAACUGCUGAAUAAGAUCAAAAUGAAGAAGAGUAAGAAUAAAAGGAACUUAAUGACUUGUUUGUGUUGGCUUAUGUUUGGCUAUUAAAUAUCUUUUAGAGAGUUAACAAAAAUAAAUCUAAAAAGUAGAAUGAAAACUAACAACCCGAAUCAACAAGCAAUAUUGGCAAAAACUUAUACAAGAAGAUCAGCUAAUUUAUUCAAGAAAAUAAUGUCGAAGGCAUUAUUACUAUUUAAGAAGAAAUUCUUUUGAUAAAUGAACAUAACAAUAAAUUUUUGCACUCAUUGUGCUAAAGAGUUAAUGAUGAACUAUCAAUAUUGCUUAGACAAAAUGAAUUACUUAAGUUAGGUUUGAUCAUUAUCCGUCUCUUUUCAAUUAAUAAGAGCUACUUUGAAAUUGAAGGAUUUGAAUAGCGUGAUUGCUUGAGUGAAUUGUUAAAAGAAGACUAUGAAUUCUAAUACGAAGAAGCUAGCUACUUAGAUAAAUUGAAUGAUUAUGUUUCUCUAUGCGUUAUCGAAAAGGCUUUGACAAAUACAAUUGAUUUUACAGAAACUACUCAUACUACUCACAUUGACUAACUAAAAGCCCAAUAACAAACACUUAAAAAUAUUAAAAAGCGUAUGAUCUAUCGUGGAUAUUAAGGUGAUAACAUUACCUCCUUCAGUGAAUUCUUUGAAGAAAGUAUACCAUUCAUCUAGAGAAUAGAAAACUUCUUACCUAAUCUCUAGAGUCUUCAUAUUUCUUCUGCUUCCACUCUUUCAUUUGAAGACUUAAGAUAAUUCAUUGAAAUCAAAAAGCAUAUUGAUAACUGGUUGCAUAUUUCUUUUGAAAAGUACUAUGCACCUUUCUCUGAUUUCCUUAUCCCUCUUCACUUUGGUCUUAUCUUGGUCAAACAAUACAUUUCCUAAAUCUUAAGCAAGAGUAAAAUAAAGGAAGCUUAAAUCAGUCUUAUUAGUGAAUCUACUCAAGAUAGAAUAGAUCAAUUUAAGAGAAUUCUUUGGUAGAAGAAGAACAUAUAUAAGCUUAAAAAUUGUGAUAAUAUCUUGAAGAAUAUCAGAUUAAAUGACUAACUCUUUGAAGACACCGAAGGAAUGAAAGAAUUCUGCGCUUAAAUUAUGAGCGUUGCUAGUGAAAAUUUAAUGUAAAAGGAAGAAAUAGAUAAGUUAGCUGAAGAUGAUACAACCAAACUUAUCAAGGCAACUCGUUAGUUAGAAAAAAUGAUUGUAGAUGAAUAUAAAAAAGAGACUAUUGAAGAAUAUAAAGAAAAAGAACGCUAGGAAAUUUAAGAAGCAUUCAAUACUUUCUCAAAGGAUUAUAUUCAUUUAUUGCAAGUUGAUUUGACUAUUUAAGAAAAAAUAGAACUUCAAUAACAGUAACAAUAAGGUGCAAACAAUAAUAAUGAAGAUAAUAUUGAUGAAUAUGAAGAAGAUUUGGAGGAAAUCAAGAUGGAAGAGUUAACUAUGGGUGAGUUAAAUGCUAUUAAGUAGCGCAGUUUGAAUUCAAUUAUAGAAAUCUUAAAUAUUUAUGACAAUUGUAGAAACAAAAAGAAUAUUUUAUAUUCUGAUUAAGCAACUGUAGCCGCUGUCACAGAUAACUCUGAAAAGAAAAGAUCUCUCAAGUCUGUAAGUUCAUGGAAAGACUUUACUUUUGGUCAUAAGAUUGAAUACAUCAAAAUCAGUCUUGUUUAAAAUCUUUUCCCUCAUGAUCCUUUGAGUUAAGUACUAGAAUACUCCAGUGCUUUCGGAUAAGUCUAAAAGACUAACUAGUUUGAAGAAUGUAUGAAAAAGAAGAAUUCCAUGCAAUAGCUUGAUACUUCAUAAGUAUAAUUCAACGUUUAUAAAGAUAUUAUUCCAAGCGAGAAUGUGAAAAUAUUUAAACCCGUUAUGAAUCUCUUAAACUCUAUAAGAAGACUUCUUCAUGAAGAAGAAAUAUUUGAGAAUAACGCUGUACUACAAAAUCUUGCAAUUUUGUGUGAUUACACUUUGGAAUAAUCUGUUUUAAACACUCCUCUCAACAAAAUUAUCACUGGUCUUCAAUUUAUUGCUGAAAAAGUUGAAGAAUGGAAUCUUUCAACUGCUAAAGCUUACUCUCUAAUCAAUGAAAUCAAUCCUAUAGUCGAACUCUUACUUUACUGGAGAAAACUUGAGCGUAGAUGCUGGAAAUUUAUGCUCUCAGAGAAAGACAAGGAAAUUGAAUUAUUAGAUGUUGUCAUGUUCUUAAAAUUAAGAAACUUAGUGGUUAGCUCAAAUGGAAACAAUGCAGAAAAUAGAGAAUCCUUAUUUAAGAUUGUAGAUCAAUUUGUCCGUACUUCAGUUAUGGGUAACUUUGGACUACGUAUGAAAGGUUUGUAUUACCUUAGUUACUGUGAUGUUGAAGUUUAAAAACUAGGACUUUAAGAAUUAUUGUAAUAAGUCUAUAAAUAUUAUAUGUAAUUCUAUGCCUAGUAUUCUAUUGCUUUGCAACAAAAUCGCUCUGAACACGAAAAAGAUUGCGAAGAAUAUGUUACUCUAGCAGGUUGGGAAAGCAAAAAUUACAUAACUUUGAAAGCAACUGUUGAUAAAUUCUAAGGUAAAGUUCAUCGUAUUGUUAAGAGAUACAGAGAUUUCUUAUAGGAGCCAAUAAAUCGCCACAUUUUUGAUCCUACCAGAAACUUAAUAUUUGCUGAAAACUAUGAAUCUUUCCGCGUCAAGUACGAAAAGGUAUUCAUUGAAGAAGAUAGCGAAUAUCAAUAGACUGAGCAUCACAUUAUGAAAUAUCAAGUCUAAGAAAAUGCUGAAAAAGUAAUUUAAAUUGGUCGCAAGUUACUCUUAUAAAAUUGUCUUUCUGUUCCUCCUAUUAAACACUACAAGCAAUGUUAAGUAGUAGAAAAACCUGAUGAGCUUUGCGCUUGGUUAUACAAGGAGCAAAUGAUUUCAUAAGUAUUUGAAAGAGUAAAAGAUCUAACCCAAGAAGAAGUUACUCGUAAUAUGAAGUUUAAAGCUGUAUUAGAUAUCUUUAAAUACUUAAAAUCUCUUGGUUUUACCUCUUAUUUCUUAAACACAUCUUAACUUAUGGGUGACAACACCGUUAUAUAUGAUAUGCGCUCAAUUAAGCUUGAUACUUCACUCCUUGGAGCUGAAUUGACAAAUUACUUAUCUCAAGAUAUUCACUACAUAGAGAAAUGCUAUUAUACCACUUUAGAUAAAAUUUGUGUCCUCCGUUUCAAUACAAAUUAUCAUGAAGAUCUAACAAAAGAUAACAUUCGUCGUGGUAGUGGCUUUUUAAUUGAAUACUUCUAUUACAUUAAGCGUAUCUAUUUGUAAUUAAAUUCUCUUUUCAAGAAUUCUUCUUCAUUCAUCUCCUUUGUUGAGAAUUUGAGUGCUAUUUCCUCAUCUUCUGAUAUCCACCAAAGUAAAAUUAUUAUUCUCAAGAACUAUGAACAAAUUAAGGAAGAAGUUGAAAAUUUCCUAAACAAAAUAAUUUUCCUCUGCUCUGAAGUGAAAUAAGUAGUUAGCUUCAUUCCUACUUCAUCAGAUAUGGAAAUCAACUCAUUAAGAACUUUAUGUGAAACUACUUUAGCAAGCCUUUCAUCAACAUUUAAUGGAAAAUUAGUUGAUAUCUUUAGUUAUGAAGAGCUCAUUUCUAACAUCAACAAAAUAUCUGAAAAGCUUAGAGCUAAUGCAAGUAAAGCUUCUAAACUUGGGUUCAAAGACCUCUAAGUUAUAAUUUAAAUUAGCUUUAGAUAAGCUAGCUCUACUCUUUUAGUUUUACAGAGAUCUCUUGAACAAUCUAUAUAGGAAGCUAAUAAAGAAGAAAAUGGUGAAUCUCAAAACCUUUAAGAAGAAAAGAUAAUUAAAGAUUUACAGCUUUUUGCUUAAGGUAUUAUAAAAACUGUUUAAUCUUACAAGAAUAACUUGAAGCUAAUUAUUGAAGAUGAAGAAGAACCAGAAGAAGAAUAAGCAGAAGGUGCUGAGCCUAAAGAGCCAGUAAAUCACUCUGAUGAUGCAUCAACUGCUUCUGUGAAAAAUCAUAUAGAAAGUGAUGAAUCAGCUAACACUAUCUAAAAAGAUUAAUAACCUGAAUUCACUUUCAUUCAAAAUGAAGAAAGAAUAUUAAAGAAAUUAAAUAAAUCCAUUGAAGAUUUUUGCUACAAGCUUACCUAAUUGUAUGAAUCUGAAAUACUUAAGUAAAUAUCAAAAAAAUCUUACAAUACUAUUUAUUAGAUGUUGAUAAUUAUCUAAUUAUAUCUAAAAAAUACUAUCCUCUAUCAUACAAAAUCAGUUAAAGCAUAGUCUAAAUUCAUGAAUCUCUUAGGUAUAAUCUUUUACAAUCUUGUGUACAAAGGUUUCUGUUAGCCUAAAAACUAAGGUGAUGAAGGAGCUGGAUCUGAUGAUGAAGACGGUAAAUAUGAAAUGAAGGACGGAACUGGUAUCGGUGAAGGUAAAGGCCAAGAAAAUGUCUCAAAAGAAAUAGAAUUCGAAGAAUAGGUUCUCGGUAAUAAAGAUGAAGAAGAAGUUCCUGAAGAAGAAGAAAAUCAAGAUAAGAAAGAAGAAUAGAAAAAAGAAGAUGAUUUUGAAAUGGACUAAGACUUCAAAGGAACAACAUCAAAGCCAGAAGAUAUGAAUGAAGAAGAAGAAGACCAAGCAAAUAAAGAUGGUGAUGAGUAAUUCAGUGAUGUUGAUGAAGAUGAAUUAGAUUUCAAAAUGUGGUAGGGAGAUGAUAAUAAAGAAGAUGAAGAAGAAGAAGAAUAAGAAGACAAAUAGGAUGAUAAACAAAAUCGUAAGAAAGAAGACAUUGAGUUUAAAUCCAAGGAUAAGCCAUAAGGAGAAGAAAAUGACAGAGCAAAAGAAGAGGAAAAAGAAAAAGAACAAUAGAGAAACAUUGAUGAUUUCGAAAAAACUGAAAGAGAAGAAAAAGAAGAUGAAAUAAAUGAACAAAAAAAUGCUCCUGAAGAAGAAGAAUAAAAUAUAGAUAAGGAAGAUGAGGAUGCAGGUAAAGAGAAAAACAAAAAUGAUUAGCAAGAAGAAGCUGAAGAUGAAGAUGAAGAAGGUGAACAUGAUGGUAAGGAAGGUGAAUAACUUGAUCCUGAACUCAUGAAGUAACAAAUGGAAUUAGAAGAGGAAGAAGAAGUUAAUGAUGAUCAUCAAGAUGGAGGAUCUCAAGAAGGAGAUUUAGAAGAUGAUAUGGAAGAUGCAGAAGAUGGAGAAAAUAAUGAUAAAAUAGACCCACUUGAAAACGUUAGUGACUUCGAAAACGAAGAAGAUGAAGAAAAUCUUGAAGAUGAAAAUAAAAACACUGCUCUUGAAAAUGAUGAUAUGGAUAUUGAAGAAUAGGAUUAAGAUGAAUAAGAUGAAGAAAGAGAAUAUCCUAAAGAUAUAAAGAAAAAUUAAAAGCAAAAGCCAAAGAAGCAAGAAAAGAAAUUUGGUGUUGAAGGUGAUGAUGAUCAAAUUCAAAUGGAAGAAGAUUAAGAAGAAGCUGAGGAAAACAAAGAAAACAAAUAAAAAGGAUAAAAUGAAGAAUAAGAAGACGAUAAAAAAAAUAGAAAUGACGGCUAAGAUCAAGAUUAAAAUAAUUCUUCAAACUAAAAUAAAUUUUCUUUAGAUUUCCUUCAAUAGAUUAUCGAAAAAACUCAGCCUAAUGCUAAAGAUCUACAAAAUUUCUUUAAAGAUCUCAAUGUUGUUCAAGAGUAAAAGGAAGACUAACAAAAUCAACAACAACAAUAAUAGUAACCUUAAAUGAAAGAAGACUAGUUUAAUGAAGAAUAGGAAUUCGAAGCUUUUAAUCCUCAAGAUAACAUCGAUCCUGAAGAGCUAAAGAAUAUGUUAGCUACUAAUGUAAGUGCUUAAGAAAUGAAGAACGCAAGUAAUAUUCCUCAAGAAAUGCAUAAUGAAGAUUAAAUAGAUUAAGAUAUGCCUUAACCUCAACAACCUCCUAAACCUGAAGGAGAAAAUCAAAAGAAGGAAGAAUCUUCAUAUUAACAACCUAAAAAGAAUUAAGAAAAGGAUAAGAAAAAUGAUGGACUUAACAAAAAAGAAAAGUAAGAAUAAAUAGAUUUCUUAGAAGAAUAAAAAAAUAUGGAGGAAAAAGAAAGGGCAGAAAAAGAAAAGAAAAAAGACAAAAACAAUGCAAAUCAAGAAAAUGAUGAAAACCUUCAAGAAAGUGAAAUCCCUUAACAAAAUUCCCAACUCGAAAAAAAUAACCAAAAGAAGGACGAAGAAAAAAUUGAAGAGGAAGAAGAUGAAAAUCUACUUUCAUUCCUUGAAAAUGAAAAUGAGACAGUUGAAUAGAAGCGUGAUAGAAUGCUCAAGCUUAUUCAAGAAUGUAAAAAUAACCCUGAAAAGUUCCAAAAAGGAUAAGAAUUAUGGUAAAAAAUUGAAAAUGAAGCCAGAUACUUUAGUGUCCAAUUAUGUGAAGAACUCAAGGCAGUAUUGGAACCCACUUUAAUUGCUUCUUUCAAGGGUGAUUAUAAAUCAGGUAAACGUCUCAAUAUGAAAAAGAUUAUUCCAUACAUUGCAUCCAAUUUCCGUAAGGAUAAAAUAUGGCUUAGAAGAAAUGAACCUUCCAAGCGUACCUACUAAAUUUUAUUGGCUAUUGAUGAUUCCCUAUCUAUGUCAUAAUAAAAUGUUGGUUACUUUGCUUUGCAAUCUAUGACUAUACUUUCACUUGCUAUGAGUAAAAUGGAAGUUGGUUAAAUAGGUAUAGCUGCAAUCAAAGACGGUCUCUAGCUUCUCCAUGAUUUCAAUACUCCUCUCACUCCUGCUGAUUCACCAUUCAUUCUUUCUCAAUUUAACUUCACUCACUCAGAUACAAACUCCUCUGACUUGGAUUUGGUCAAAUUUAUGAAAUCUACAAUUGAGACAUUCAAAGAAGCUAAAGGAGGAUCUAAAGAUACUCAUUAAAUUUGCUUUAUAAUGAGUGAUGGUCGUUUCAAUAAAAAGCUUGUUAAACCUUUGAUCUAAGAAGCUGAAGAAAACAAUCAACUUUUCGUUUUCAUUGUUUUGGAUAAGAGUGAAGACAAGGAAUCUAUUAUGAAUAUAAAAUCUACCAGCUAAAAAUACGUUAAUGGCAAAUUACAAAUAGAAAUGAAACACUACUUAGAAGAUUUCCCAUAUAAAUACUACAUUAUUGUUAAAGAUGUUCAUGAAUUAAGCAAAGUUCUUGUAGACAUCUUAAGAUAAUAUUAUGAAAUGAAGAGCAACAGCUGA